AGAGAUUUUCUCCAUCACUGGCAGGUUGUGUUUGAUUGCCUGAUUUUUGUAGAUAUAGAUUUAAAAUAAGCAUCUGGAUACUAUAUGAAUCUGCUUCUUGGAACGCAAAAAAAGUUUGGUUUUAGAGGUACUGUUAUGAAUGAGUUUACCAUUGACUCAGCAAGGACCCAGUUCUUUUCUUUACUUCAUCUGGAGUUAUUCAUGUCCUCAGUGGGCAAAAUCAGACCCUUGGAAUGUAAGCCUGCCUAGCUAUCUCUGACCUAAUGCCAGAUUCAGUAAUCAGUCUCAGUCUAAGUGCUGGAGUGGCAGCAGAAAGAAAUAAACAGAGCAGCUAUCUCUGAACAGAGUGUUCUGAAAGUUAACACAUGGUGGAGAGAACCUGUAAGCAGAAGGUACAGUAUUGUUUACACUGUAGAAACUAGAAGCGCUGACCACUCAAAUGGAUCGCAUGGAACUGCAAAAUGUCAACAUCAAACUUGAUGAGGAGAGCAAUAGCGGAGAAAGCAUUGAAGAUAGCUACACUGAUAUAAUAGAUCCAGAAAAAGCUACUAUUAGCAGUCAAUUUGCUAAUGAUGAUGCAGAAAGUCAGAAGUUCCUUCCGAAUGGAUUUCUGGGCAAAAAGAAAUUGGCAGACUAUCAGGAGGAAUAUCAUCCAGGAACUACUUCCUUUGGAAUGUCAGCAUUUAACCUGAGCAACGCCAUCAUGGGGAGUGGCAUCUUAGGGCUGUCAUAUGCCAUGGCCAACACCGGAAUUGUACUUUUUGUAAUCCUACUGCUCAGUAUAGCAAUAUUAUCCCUCUAUUCAGUUCACCUUUUACUGAAGACCUCAAAAGAAGGAGGCUCCCUAAUAUAUGAAAAAUUAGGUGAAAAGGCAUUUGGAUGGCCUGGAAAAUAUGGUGCUUUUGUUUCGAUUAUAAUGCAGAAUAUUGGUGCAAUGUCAAGCUACCUCUUUAUUAUUAAAUAUGAACUUCCUGAAGUAAUCCGAGCAUUUCUGCAUCUUGAAGAGAAUUCUGGAGAAUGGUACCUGAAUGGUAACUACCUCAUUAUAUUUGUGUCAGUUGGAAUUAUUCUUCCACUUUCCCUUCUAAAAAAUUUAGGUUACCUUGGUUAUACGAGUGGAUUUUCACUUACCUGCAUGGUUUUCUUUCUCACUGUGGUAAUCUACAAGAAAUCCCAAAUACCUUGCCCUCUCCCUGUCCUGGAAAAUAGCGUUGGAAACUGGACCUACAACAACAACUCAGUUCCGAUGCACUUAGUGAUGUUACCAAAUGAGUCUGUUAAUUCUAAAGUGAAUUUCAUGAUGGACAAUACACCUGGGCACACCACAGGUUUUGAGGAGGCAAAAGACACCCUACACACAAGUGGAGUGGAAUAUGAAGCCCACAGUGAUAGUGAUGAUAUGUGCCAACCCAAAUAUUUUGUGUUUAACUCACAGACUGCCUAUACAAUACCCAUCCUGGCAUUUGCAUUCGUAUGCCACCCUGAGGUGCUACCAAUAUACAGUGAACUUAAAGACCGGUCACGAAAGAGAAUGCAGAAUGUUUCAAACAUCUCCAUUGCUGGAAUGCUGAUAAUGUAUCUGCUUGCUGCUCUCUUUGGUUAUCUUACCUUCUAUGGAGAAGUUGAAGAUGAAUUACUUCAUACAUACACCAAAGUGUACACCUUCGACACCCCUCUUCUGCUGGUUCGCCUGGCAGUGCUUGUGGCUGUCACCUUAACUGUGCCCAUAGUCCUUUUCCCUAUCCGCUCAUCAGUCACUGCAUUGUUGUUUCCCAAAAGGCCAUUCAGUUGGAUAAGGCAUUUCCUGAUCGCAGCAGUAAUUCUUGCAUUUACUAACACGCUUGUAAUUUUUGUGCCUGCUAUUAAAGACAUCUUUGGAUUCAUUGGUGCAUCGGCUGCCACAAUGUUGAUUUUCAUUCUUCCUGCUGCCUUCUAUCUACGGCUUGUUAAGAAAGAACCUUUGAGGUCACCCCAGAAGAUUGGGGCGCUGAUAUUUCUCAUAGUUGGCAUAAUCUUUAUGCUUGGAAGCAUGACUCUAAUUGCACUGGACUGGAUUUACCACUCUUCAAGUUCCAAACAUCACUAACCUGUGCAGUCGUGAAAGUACGUCUCAGACAGGAAAUGCUUGGAUACCAUGCUCCAAAAGACACUUGACACCUAGAUGGGAGUGUUAUUCCUAGCUAAUAAUUGCAAGAUUCCAAAGACUGUGACUAGUAAUGCCACUAGAACCCUAUGGAAUACUAAAUCAUCCUUCUUACAAGGGAUAGUUAUUUAUACAUUAAAAACCUGUGCUGAACAUUUCUAGCUGGGUUAUAAUAAAAUGUGUGUUGCAAAUUUUUUCCCAAAAGCACAAUAAGAGUAACUAUUCAUAUAGUCUUCAAAAAUCAAUUUUUCCCCAUUAUUUUGAUAACUACAGUUCCUAGGAAAACAAUACACAGUGUCCAAAAAUCAGCUAGUGCCUUUUUAUAACUGAAAUACAUGGACAUGGCUUAAAAGCAGGGCAGAAUGUAAGAGAAAAGGCAGGAGCUACCUAGGUGGUCUGAAAUCUAAGUAUCAUUGAUCUUUCAAGUCAGGAAGAUGACAACUUUGACCAACUAGUCAACAAAGCUGAAUGUUAAAUUUGUUGUUACCUGUACUGUCAGUCAUCAGGUGUGUUAGAGCGGUUAAACCCUCAUUCAAAAUAAAACAAAAAAAACAUGCUAACAUGGGCCCCAGUCCUACAAUCAGAUCUGAGUGAGCGGACUCCUGCACGGAUGUGACUGCCAUAUGAAGCAGGGUUCCACCUGCCUGGAUCAAGUUGCAGGGCUGGGGCCUAUAUUUAAAUAAGACUUCUACAUAACUAUUGUUCUGUUAUUAUAUAUAUCUGUGCUGGGAGCAGCCGGUGGUUCUGGUGUGGGGUUUGGUUGUUUUUUUAAAAUUCUUGUAAACGUGUGAAUUUAGGUCACUGAACAACUUGUAAUCUGUCUAUAAACUCGUCUUCCAUUAUAACUCAGAGAUUUAAGGAGACCACAAGGCAUGUGAAAGCACACCACCCAGUAUUGUUUGAUACAUUUUUAUUUGAGGUGUUCAGUGCAGGAAACUGUGAUUUACUAUAUAUAUAUAUUUAUGUAUAUAUUCUUUUUCUCUAACUAUCAGAAUGUUAAUGUAUGGUACAUUAUUUUUGAUUUUUUAUAUGGGUAGUUCUUUGUUUUUAUAGCCACAAACUUUAUACUAUUUUGAAGAAAAGAGAUUGGGUUGUUGGGUCUGUAAAAAGUUCAUUUUUAUGUAUCAGUGCUUGACAAAUAGUUGUGAAAGCCCAAGCUGUUACCUGUGUAAAAAGACACUCUGAUGUUUACUACAAUAUCAUCUUAUAAAAAAAUUGCAACAAUACAGGCCCCUCUUCUCCUAAGAAUUGUCAAUAUAUGCUGUACAAUUCUGUAUUUUUGCCCUAGAUUACAAAACUAGGUAGUUUCUUCUGUUAAUGUAUUUUAGCUUGCAUAUGUAUGCAUUAGCAUUAAGUCAGCAUAUACAAUUAAGCUAUAUAAUUUAAUACAAAGGAAAAGAUUAAUUCAAGAGCAAGUUUAUCAUUCUAGGCAGUUGAGCAAAACAAAGAGAAGUUAUAUAUUACAUGGGUGGUUAGUUAGCACUCACUAUCCUAGGGGCUCUGGCUGUUUACUUUAUGACAUGUGGGGUAAGUUCUGACCUAAUUUAGACCACACACUCUCUCCAUUCUCACCAGUGCAAAUCAAAAGUCUGUGGAAUCAGAUUAGAUCUGCACAAAAUAUGACUGAGUGAAGAAUCAGGGUACAAUUCAGCCAAUUGUUUAAAUUUGAAAAUUAAAAACUAUGAUGUAUUCAGCCAUGUAUUAAUUAGUAAAGCCAUGCAGAGUUAUGGUUUGUCUGACUAAUCUAUUUAAUUUGAUAUAGAAUUGACUGUGUCUGUGUGUGUGUACGCACACAGAGCUUUAAUGUCUCAAAGAAAUGGUCCCAAUUGAGUUAUAUCUUUCUGUGUACUAUUUUAUUCUUGUAUAAAAGUACUGUAACCUUGGUAUCGUGGAGCACAUUUCUAUGUAUGUAUUCAUUAUUAAGAAAAAACUGCAAUAUUAUUUUGGUUAGGAUCUUUAAGGGGAUUAAUACAAACAAGGCAGUGAUUGUACUGAUACAGAACAUCUUUAACAUCAGUGUCUGAUGCUGUAAUCCUUUCACACACACAAAAUUCCCAUCGACAUCAGUCAAAAUUAUGCAUGUAAAAGGACUGCAGCAUUGAAUUAUAAUUGUGGUUUGGUUUUGGAGGGGCUGUUAAUCGAGGACUUGGAAAUACAUUCAGAUAUUUGAUAAUUAUUUAAUCUAACUCUCCUAAAAUAGAACUGCAGGAAAGAUACAACCAGAAAAACUAUAGGGAAAUCGUGCAAUCUACUGCCUUUUCACUGCAUGACAGUAUUUGGUUUCACAUGAAAAAUGAGUGGUUAACUUGAACUUGCCAUAACUGUGUUCAGAAAGAAGUUUUCAAAUUCAUUAUAAAAUGUCAAACAUUAAAGCUACAGCAUAUUCCCACUAUAUACAGAGUUAGCUGCCACACAUAUUGUGGGAUAGGCAUAGUAUUAUAUACUAAUUUAUUUAGCACCUCUUGGGGAUGGCUGAAGUUGAAUUUUCUUGUUCAUUUUGUAAUAUUUAGGCCUUGGGAGGAUUUUUAUUACAAAAAUGUAUACUGAUGCAUAAUAAAUUAACUUUUCAAAAAGACUGCUGAUUUUUUUUU